AUGUUAAUAGAUGAACAAUUUAAACAUAUAUUGUUCGAGAAUGUAUAUUUAUCUAAAAAGAUAAUAUCAUUGAUACCAAGACUUAAUAGACAAAAGAAUGAAUACAGUUAUAAAUUCUUUGACUUGUUUAUUAUACUAAAAGAUGUCAAUCCGAGAAAAGCAAACAUCUUUACACCUUCACUAGUUCGAAUGAUGUUUGAAUAUAUCAAUCCGAAAUACGACAUAUCCACAGAUAUUGACUUUAACGAGCAUAAGAGAUCAGAUUAUGUAUUGCCACAAUACGCUUCACAAUAUAUAGUUGAUCAUCUUGCCUCUGUUGAUCAAGAGACAAUGUUAUUGGGAUGCAAGAAAAAGAUAUUCAACUAUUGUGUCGAUCCAAUACUCGUCUGGCACCCAAACUUUCCUCAUCAAGUCAUUAGUCUCUACUUGACACAAAAGAGAGUGGAUAGAAUUAGUUUGUCACUCUUUACAAUGUUUCUCGAUCACCACCGUGAUCUAGAUACAUUUGCAACACUGGUAGAACGUAAAAUCGAUGUCUACUAUUUGACAGAGGUCGACUUUUGUCAAUUAGAGUCUACUAGACAAUUGGUUGGUUGUUCACGGAUCUACUCCCAAGUCGAUAAAUCCAAAUACAAUGCAUUGCUCGAGACACUCGAUCGAUUGGGAAAGGACAGACGAUUCGAUCUAUUUAACAUUUGCAUUACGUCAAUCUAUAUACAACGUAGUGAAAUAGCUCAAUUGGUUCAUACCAUCAUUAAAGGUGUAGCAUUGUUUCGAAGCAUAUACAAAGGAGGGAUCGAAGCCGAGUAUGAUGAUAAUAAUCAACAUGAUGACAAUCAUCUACUUGAUGAUAAUCCUUUACUUGAUGGUAAUGCUAUACUUGACGAUGAAGAUCUAGAAGAUGAUGCAUUUGUUGAACCAGAAUAUCAAAGAUCACAUACACCUGUACCAGAAAAAGAAGUAGAGUAUUCACAACAACAACCACCACUAAAACCACGUACCAACUACAAAGAAGAUGAUUUACAAGAGGAAUUUGAAUGGUUCAAAGAGACUUUCGAUGCCCACAUGGAGUUAUUCAAGAAGUUUGAAGCAAAAGAAUCUAUUGAAGCCAUUGAAUCACCUGAAGAGUUGGAAAUCCACCAGAAGUUCAAUAGAUUUCUUCAAACAAGAUUGAUUUAUGUCCACAAGUUGAAUAACAAGAAGAAAAAACAACCAGAAAGUGUCGGUCGUAUCCCAUUAUUCAAUAACCUAACGGACUUGGACAAACGUGCAUCCAAGUCUUACUAUUUUGUUCAAGACACAACCAUUUUUGAAUGUAAAUGCGCUAACAAGGGGAAUUGUACUGCUUGCAAAUGCAAGUUAUAUAAUAAUGGUUGUACUUCUCAAUGUAAAUGCCCAUGUCGGGAUCUAUUCAAAGAGAAAUGGACUAUUUUAAAUAAUACAAACUCAGAAGAAUUGUCGAAUCGAAUAACCUAUGAAAUGGAUAGCAGCAAUGCAUCAGCACGUAGCAAAAACAUCGAUCAACCAUUAACUCCUAGUCAAUCAAAGGAAUCACAGCCGCCUCCAUCAUCAUCAUCAACAACAACAACUACAUAUUCAACUUCUAGAAGAAGAUACAAUGAAGAAGAAGAUGAUGAUAAUGAUGAAGAAAAAGAGGCUGAUACACCAAGGAGAAAAAAGAAACAAAAGAAAAAUCAAAGAAAGAGCCAGCCAGUUACAAUAAUUGAUGAAGAUAACGAACAAUUCCAACAUCCUAUUCUUUCUAAUACAUCUUCAUCAACAACUCCCACCACCGCCACCACUUCCUCUUCAAGCUUUGGAUCCAGUCUGCUUCGUUUGUUCACACCCUCCCACUCGCAAACAUCGACCACAUCAUCAUCAUCAUCAUCAUCAUCAUCAUCAUCAUCAUCAUCGACAACAUCUACCACAUCUACCUCAAAUCAAACCAAUGCAGUAGAAACUGAGUACAAUCAAAUUGUUGGAAGAAUGGUUGAUUUUGAGACUUGGAAGCGUGGGUUUCUAUCAACAAUGCCACAAGGAUUAUCUCCACAAGAUAGGCUUAGCUUUAUUCAAGAACAGUUAGAACAAGAGGAAAUACAGUUGGUUGACAACACCAAGUUGUUUACCUAUAAACAAUUGGAGAAUUUCUUUUAUAUUGCCUUUUUUAUGGGUCUUGUCAAACUCCCACGGGCGGAAGACCAUUGGAAUAGAAAGAGCCCUUUCCAUCCUCCAUCUGUUAUCCGCCCAUUAAUGUCAAGAAAAAGAUUUAAGUCCAUCCUCAAAUUCCUUCACUAUGACGAAGAUUCCGUCAUUCAAAUGAUUGAAAAAAAUUCAAACAACCACUAUAUCCCAUCAUUACGUUUAUCAAUCGAUGAAUAUAUGGCCCCUUAUAAAGGCUUGGUAAGGUUCAAGCAGUAUGAACCAGAUAAACCACACAAAUUUGGAUUAAAGUAUUUCGUUUUAUCUGACUCAAAUGGUUUUAUAUUGACCCAAUGGCUUUACAGAGGUAGUGAUGAAUCUACAACAAAAUCUGUAACAAUAGAUCCAUCUGUGGUUAGUUCUUUUCCACCAAAUAGUCCUCUUAAAAUCCCAAUCGAAUUUGCAGAGUGGGUCAGACAAAAAGUAGCUACAGAUGAUAGACCAUUGAGUCACUAUUUGUUUGCAAUGGAUAACUAUUACACAUCAUUACAAGUUGCCACUGUAUUAUCAAACUUUAGUCAAAACAUCAAUUCCAACAACGACGAUAACAAUCCCAACAAUAAGAUUCAUUAUGUAAUGACUGUAAGGUCCAUUAGACCAACGUACCUUUUCAAAGAUGGUUUAGGACGCAUGGUACAAAAGGACAACAAGAAAAAGUUGGCUGCUAUAGCAUUUCCAAAAGAAGACUCUGGUAUUCCCCAGGACAUUUGUGCCACCGCCAUCAAUGACAGCAAAGUAACAUAUUUUUUAUCAAAUUCCUGUAAUCCAUAUACAUUAAAAGAAGGAAAACUCACAAAGCUCGAUGUGCAGACUCAAUACAAUGCAACUACCCACGGAGUCGAUCUGUCAGGACAACUAUCAUCAAAUUGUCGGUCAUAUCCCCAUCGAAAAAGCAAAUACACACAUGUUAACAUAUUUGCGCAGUUGGAUCGUGCAAUGGUGAAUGCAUAUUGCAUCUUCAAAUCCCUUGAAGGCAAUAGCACAUACCGAUUUUGUGAUUUCACUCAAAACGUGGUAAGAGAAAAGCUUGGCUUGCAGGAGCCUAUUCAAAAACAAUUGGAACACUUGAAUCCAAUUACAUCAAAAGUAUUCCAGGAUCAAAGAGAUAGGAUUAAACAACUGGAACAAGAAUUGGCUACACAAUCCACAUACGUAACCAGUGGAAAUGGAGGCCAAUAUGCUCCCACUUCUGCUGCUGCUCCUCAAACUGUAGUCCACGCAUUGGUUCAAGGUGAUCUAAAUCCUUGUCAGUAUUGCAAAGUCCUUGAUGUAAAGCGUAGAACAAGAACCACCAAGACUUGUUGCCAAUGUAAAGUUAACUUUCACGAUGAAUGCUAUCUUAUAGCACAUCUCCCAGAAAACAAACUGCUUCUAUCGGCAAUAGACAUCAACAUCAACAACAACGACAAGGAUAACUCCGUUCAUUCCAUCCAUCCAUCCAUUCAUCCAUCCAUCCACCAAUAA